AUGGCAGAUAAUCAAAAGUUAAAAGAUCGUGUUGCUAUUGUUACCGGUGCCGAUAGUGGUAUUGGUCAAGGAGUUGCCAUUACUUUUGCAAAAGCUGGUGCAGAUGUUGUUAUUACAUAUAGAUCAGAUGAAAAGGGUGCUAAAGAAACUGCUAAACGUGUUAUUGAAACAGGUCGAAAAGCAUUAGUAGUUCAAACAGAUGUUGGAGAUGAAUCACAAGUAAAAAAUUUAUUUGAUAAAACAUUAUCUGAAUUCAAACGACUCGACAUUCUUGUAAAUAAUGCUGGAAUGGGUGGUACAGGCAAACCAGUACAUGAAAGUGAUUUUAGUGAAUGGGAAAAAGUUAUUCGAACUAAUUUACAUGGUCCAUUCAUGUGUUCAAAAUUAGCUGCCAAACAAUUUAUUAAACAAAUCGAAUCAGAAGGCAAACAAAGUACGGAAAAUCGAGGAAAACGAAGUGGUAAUAUAAUUAAUAUUUCAAGUGUUCACGAGGAAUCAGUUGCUGCUGGUCAAGGUGCAUAUGCUGUAUCAAAAAGUGGUCUUCGUAAUUUGACUCGAGCUAUGGCAUUAGAAUUAGCUGAUUAUGGUAUUCGUGUUAAUGAUGUAUCUCCUGGUAUGAUCUUAACACCUAUGAAUCAAGAAUCAAUGGAUGAUUCUAAAACGCGUAAAGAAAAAGAAAAAGAAAUUCCAUUAAAACGAGCAGGAAUACCAGAUGAUAUAGCUAAUAUGGUUUUAUACUUAUGUUCAGAUGAUGCAAGUUAUUGUACAGGUGCUACAUUUUAUGUAGAUGGUGGAUGGAUGUUAACACGUCCAGAUGUUUGA